CUCUCAUUAUAUGCCUUAUUAUGUACUGCUAGUUCUCUCUUUUCUUUGUCUUUCAAACAUUAAAUCAUUUCUCCUUAACUUGUCAUUCUUCUUAAUCUUCUUCUUCCACAGUGUUUCAUAACUCAGCUCCUAAUUAACAUACUUAGUAUAUGGCUACUACAGUAAUCUUAUCUAUUUUUGUAAUAAUGUUAGUAGUACUAGUGCCAUCACAACCUUCUUCGGUCGUGUCCGAAUUCAAUAUUUAUCACCGGCACUCUGACAAGGUCACCAGUGUGUUAGGCGGAAUAGGGUUGCCCAAACAAGGCACGGUGGAGUACUACUCUGCCUGGAAAGCUCAUGAUCAAUACCGCCAGCGACUCUAUACAGCACGUUAUGUACCUGCACUGACAUUUGCUGGGGGAAUGUCACCACAUUAAUAGAAAAUUUAGCAAAGUAAGUUUAGCUCAUAAAAUUCCUCACUUGCCAGCUCUUCCACGAGUAGAGUUUCUUAAACUGUUAUAUUAACCCUAUUAACAGCUGCUCUCUUGGUAUUUCUAUCUCUGCUGGCCUCUCUUCAUCCUCAUGUUUUAACCCAGCUCAUAACAGCUUCAGAUGUUGCCUUGAUUCGACUUAACCAAUAAAAGAAAUAAAGAAAACAGACAUAAUUUUUCCAAAUUGUCAUUAUCUAUUAUAUUCCCAUGUACCACAAUUAUGAAUAAUUUGGUGUCACACAUUUUUAGUUUGUAUUAUGCCCAAUUACGUGUUGGGACUCCUCCCAUUUCAUUUAUGGUUGCACUUGACAUGGGUAGUGAUAUAUCCUGGUUGCCAUGCGGCUGCACGGACUGCGCACACUUCUAUGAGACAGACAAGGGACAAGUAAGAAAAAAGUUCUAUAGCUACAUAUAUUUGUGAGUAUAUUUAUAUUUAUAUUUCAGAUCCUAAUCCAAUUCAACAGGGAUUUUGAAGUCCCUGGUCACUAUUUCUACAUUGCCAGUCAAAAAAAGUUACUAGGAAAAUGUUCUAAUCUUUGCAUCUCCUUUUACCCUCAAACAGAUAAAAAUUCUCAAUUCUUACAGCCCUAAGUCAUCAUCCACGAGUGCAAUUGUUUCUUGUGACAGCCCCGAAUGCUGGCCGAAGAAACAAUGCCCGCGUCGGUCAGAAAAGGCAUGCCCAUACAAAGUUGACUAUAUGUCAGAUAACACUUCGACUGAGGGCAUCCUUGUUAAGGAUGUUCUGCACUUGGAAACUUAUGACAAGAAACACCGGGCUAGUGCUGUACCAGUUAUAUUUGGGUGUGGAGUGGUUGAAACAGGAACCUUUUUGGAGAAGGGUGCAUUAAAUGGUUUACUAGGCCUGGGGUUUAAUACACAUUUGGAUGUGCCAAGCAUGUUAGCAUCCAAAGGGUUGGUACCCAACUCGUUUUCCCUAUGUUUUGCCUUUGAUGGCAAUGGCAGAAUAGCAUUUGGAGACAAGGGUAGCAGUGCCCACAUGAAAACACCACUGGACAAGGACCAAGAAUUUCAUGAGGGGUUACCAUCUUGUAUUUGAUCGUGAAAACUUAGUUUUGGGAUGGAAACCUUCAGACUGUAAAGCUAAAGAAGCGAACACUACUGCGUCUAGUGAAACACUGCUACCAACAAUGGAGGGCAUAGUGUUGUUCUUUUUAGUUUCUUUUUCCAUUACCCAUAUUAUGUAAUCAUUCUUAAACACAAUUACACGAGCUAAUUUAAAUGAUUCAUUCGAGGUAGAUAGCCAAAAUAAUGUGCAAAUGUACAAAUGUGCAGCAAAGGGUAAAUGGAAUGAUAGAAAUACCUUAAUCCAUAGCCAGUUUGUCCCUGAGAGUACCUUGAGGAGGGGUUAAUAAGAAACAGACUCGUAUAUACUAUAUAUCACACUCUGCU